UUACUUCUCAUCGGUCAAUUCAUCACACAAAUAUGCCUUUCAUACGAACAAUUCCUCUCCUGCGCCUGGCAGCUCGGCCAGCGGUUGUCCGCCCAGCACUCUCUUCGCGCACUCAGGUCCGUUUCGCUACACAGGACUAUGGCUCUGGCGACGGCAACCCAACUGGCGAGAAGCCGCAGCAGCAAGGACAAAACCCGAGCGAGCAUAUUGAGCACCCAGGCCCGCCACCACCAAAGGUUGCACGCGGUCAAUCCUCCUCGUCGCCCAACGAAGAUUCCGGUCAGUCGUCGACAUCGUCCCAGCAGAAGCCAGAACAGCAGAGCCAGUCAAACGACGGAGCUUCGAAGACUGGCGCAGGUGACGGUAAGUCAGUCAAAGGUGCCCAGCCCAAGAUUCUGAACGAGAGCACUCCUGCGGCGGAAAGCGAGGAGGUGAAACAACACAACCAGGAAAUGGAUCAAAGGGCUGAGAAGGCGCACGAACAGGUCAGUAGUGAGGAGGCUGAGAAGGACAAGGUUCCGAAAAGCUUCUGGGCUGGACAAGGUGGACGAGACCGUGACCCGUAAGGAGACUUAAUGAAUGAUACUGCACACAUGCGUAUAAAGGGCGCCCAAACCCAAAUGAAUCAAAUAACGGAUCAAGUAAUGCAUCUAUCAUGUCUUUAAACUAAGGGGAAAGCUCACACCUGUAAUCUUGUGCGCCUGCCGUAGGA